AAGGAGGCAACGAAAAAAGGAGGAGGAAGAUAGAAGAAAGAGGCGUUGGAGAAGGUGAAAGGGAAAAGGGAAUUUCAAAACUCAAAUCAGAGAGAGGGCAUUUUUUUUUUCCGCAUCGUUCAACCCUCUCUCUUUUUUUUCUUUCUGUCUCUGCGUUCGUUCCCACUGGAAAACCCUAGGCGUUGUGCACACUUCUCGUCUCACAUUCAAUCGUUCCGGCGAACUUCAGCCGCCGGAAAUGGGCGACGAGCCACCGCUGCAGAAGAAACCGUUUAUUUUAGCUGAGAUAGGGUUUAUGUUGGACAUCGGAAACGGAGAUCUUGAAGUCUUUUAAUUAAUUAAUUGAUUAAUUAAGAGAUUUUAAUUGGUAUUUAAUUUCUGGAACAAAGUGUAACUGCCUGCGGCGGAAACCGUUGCUGUUCAAUUUUGGUUGUUGUUGAAGAUGGCGAGGGGAGGGCAGUGCUUCGAGAAGCUUCGGAGGUGCGUUCGGACGGUUUUCUUCGUGGCGGCAUUGGUGGCGUCUCUUCUCGUGUCGUCGCUGCCGGUGCUGGUGGCGAUGGUGGACGUCGUUGUUCCUUGCACGUUGAUAUCCAGCUUCACGUGCAUCAGGUGCUACAGCUUUAGAGAGCAUUUGAGACUAUACGCUUUCAAGAGUUCCUUGACGGAUAUUCCUCUCGUUUCUAUCAUAAGAUCCAUCAUCAUUAUCUGUGUUUAUUCCAUUUGUGAUGCUCCCGGUCUCUCCCACGGUCCUUACCUUGGAACUGUGACUCUGUCCUCCUUACUCUCGAUUGUCCUUCUUUCAGUGAAAGCUUGCAUUUUCAGUGUAAAUUCCCAGAUUGAAGCGGAAGCUUCGGUUUCGCUUACUAGGAAGAGACUUCAUUUGAAGAAAUCAUGGGGAAUGCCUGUCUUGUUUCUGUCAUCAGUUGUGUUUGCCCUUGGACAUACUGUGGUUGCCUAUAGAACCAGCUGCAGAGCAAGGAGAAAGCUUCUGUUUCAUCGAGUUGAUCCUGAAGCUGUCCUUUCAUGCAAAAAUGUUUUCUCUAGCUAUCAAAAGGUCCCACGAUCUCCUGCUGCUUCUGGGGGAAAAACCCCCAAAAGUGACACUGAAAUGAGGCGCAGACCUUUUGGACCAGCUCGUGAUGAAGAACUGCCUGUCAGAUUACUUGCUGACUCAGACAGCUUAUUCAUCAGCUGCCAAGGGCUUACCCUCCAUUAUAAGCUCAGCCUGCCUGGUUCACCCUCAAUUAGCUUGUCCUCAGCAUCGUCCUUCCUUGAAUCUAGUACUUCUUGCAGCACUUCAUCAACAGCUGGAGGGUUGCAGAAAUUCAAUAGACAGUUACUGUCUGCGACUCCAAAAAUCCAGCAACAACUCUGCAGGAGCUAUAGCAAUCAAUUCCAUGGCUCUUCUCUAUAUGCACCUCUUUUAGACGGUCCAGAAACUUCUCUCUUUACCUCUGAUGAUAUCCCUGCAUUGCAUUUAGAUGAAAUUCACGAAGGCAGUGAAACAAUGAAAUCAAAUCCUUUGCGUUUGGAGCAAAGUUUAAAGGCAGCUGGCCAAGUAGGCAUUGUUUUAAUACAUGGGUUUGGUGGAGGAGUGUUCUCUUGGCGGCAUGUAUUGGGACCUUUAGCUCAGCAGAGUAAUUGCACUGUUGCUGCAUUUGAUAGGCCUGGCUGGGGCUUAACUUCAAGGUUACGACGGGAGGAUUGGGAGAAAAAAGAACUUCCAAAUCCUUAUAAACUUGAUAAUCAGGUUGACCUGCUUUUAUCAUUCUGUUCUGAGAUUGGAUUUUCUUCAGUUGUGCUAAUUGGUCAUGAUGAUGGAGGAUUGCUUGCUUUGAUGGCUGCACAAAGAGUUCAAACAACGAUGAAUUCUUUCAAUGUUACUGUGAAAGGGGUUGUAUUGCUAAAUGUGAGCUUGUCAAGGGAAGUAGUCCCUUCCUUUGCUCGAAUCCUUCUACAUACAUCGCUUGGAAAGAAACAUUUGGUUCGUCCUCUUCUAAGAGCAGAAAUCACUCAAGUGGUGAAUCGUCAUUCAUGGUAUGAUGCUACCAAACUGACGGCAGAAGUUUUGACUCUCUACAAGGCUCCACUAUAUGUCGAAGGCUGGGAUGAAGCACUUCACGAGAUUGGAAAAUUGUCUUCUGAAACCAUCCUUACGGCACAAAAUGCAGAAUUGUUGCUUGAAUCUGUGGAAGACAUUCCGGUAUUAGUCAUAGCUGGUGCUGAAGAUUCCCUCGUCCCUCUGAAAUCCUGCCAAGCAAUGGCAUCAAAAUUUGUAAAUUCUAGACUAGUUGCAGUAUCUGGGUGUGGCCAUCUACCCCAUGAGGAGUGUCCGAAUGCACUGCUUGCAGCUGUAUUGCCGUUUAUUAGUAGAUUGUUCUCUGUAUAUGACUCGCCAAGCCAAUAGGGUGGUCUCUUUCCGAUUUGAAUGAAAAUAUACAUAGGUCAAUCCAUUUUGGUGGCUUUAGUUUUCCCCGACCCGUUCUUUUUUACUUUUUUUUUUUUACUGUCUUUAUCCUUUUCCCUUCCCUUGCAGUUUUCUUGGUUUCCUCUUCACUUAUUUCCAAGCAAUAUCAAAGAGAAGUGGAUAAAAAAGGGAAUCUCUUCUCUUUGGUGUUUUUGACGUGGUAGCUUUAGGAGUUUUUUAACCUGUAUCUAAGUAUCUUCCUUCCCUUCCCUGCUCGCGCUAUUGUUUUUCUUCUUAGCUGUCGAUAUUUAUGUCCUUUCGAGCUGCUUCUCAUUUCCCACUGCCAAAGACGGUGGGGGAGGAUAGCAUACAUUUGUAAAUUUAAUUUAUUAUCAGAUUCAUCAUGAAUAUAUUUUAGCGCAGUUGCUUCUCA